AUGACCAGUCCACAGUCCGCUAUCAUCGUCGGCGGCUCCGUUGCGGGCCUCCUACAAGGACUCCAACUCAAACGCAAAGGCGCCAACGUCAUCGUCCUCGAGCAAGAUCCCUCCAAGGACCGCCACAGCCACGAAUCAGGCGUCUCUAUCGGACCCAGCGUGGUGAAAUUACUUGAAAAAUAUGAUGCCACGGGCAGACCAGCCGCCAUUCCGGCGCGCUUCCUCAGCGCUGCAUGGCGCCAGCGACUGCGCGUCAUCAACGUCGUCUGGAACCACAACAUGAGCAACUGGGGCUGUCUAUACCUGAUCCUCCGGGCCAACUUCGACGGGAUGGCCUCUGAGACCGUUCCCGAGCCGCCGCCACCAAAGACCACCGACGGGACGGUUGAGUACCGGGGCGGGAAGCGCGCGACGGGGGUGAGCUACGACAAGGAAAAGGGUCUCGUGCAUGUGCAGUACGUUGAUGUGGUGAGCGGCGAGUACGGCAGUGUCAGUGCGGGCAUGGUCAUCGCUGCGGACGGGGUGCAUUCGACCAUCAGGAAGAUAAUGCAGGUACCGACGCGCAAAGACUACGCUGGGUAUGUUGCGUGGCGCGGGACAGUGGCCGAACGGCUGCUGUCGAAGGAAACGGUGGAGUAUUUCACGAAUCGACUCAACUUUACCCUCUUAAAGGGGACGUACUUUAUUAGCUACCUUAUUCCAACAGAAGGGGGCGACGUCGAGCCCGGAAAUCGUCUCAUUAACUGGGUCUGGUACUUCAUCGUGCCCGAGGGCUCGCCCGAAAUGGCGGCCAUCUUCACAGACGUCCACGGCAAGUUGCACCCCAACACCGUGCCCCAUGGGCAGAUCAACCCGAACAUCUGGUCCAAGCAAAUCGCGCGCUACGUGUCGCAGAUGACUCCGCCACUAGCUGAGAUUGUGACCAAGACGCCACGGCCAUUUGUCACGAAGGUUGGAGAAGCGGAAGCGACCAGAUCCAGCUUCUACGAUGGAAGGCUGAUCCUUGUUGGUGAUGCGUUUACGGGAUUCCGGUCGCACUUGGGGAUGGCGUCGGAGCAGGCUGCACGGCAUUGCCUUCAGAUGAAUCGAUUCUGGCGGGGAGAGAUCACCCAGGAGCAGAGAGAUCGUGAGGCGACAUUGGCUUGUGUGGGGAGUUUGUCGCACGGGGGUUGCUUAUGUGUGGUUGAUGGUGCAGCAUAA